AUGGAGCCGCUAUUCACUGGAGUCUCAGGCAAUGCCCGUUACCUUUUCACGCUGCUUUCAUGUAUCGGCUUUGCCGCCAAAGCAACCGUCCAAAUCACGCCCGAUGGUCUCCGCUUCUCAGUAGAAGAGGGCCGUGUGAUUCAGGGAUUGGCAUUUCUCGACAAGUCUCUCUUCACCAGCUACACCUUCCAACCCUCAUCGACACAAAGGAAUCGCGCCGAGGGGUCCACGCAAAAUACGGAUGCCACCGAGGAUGCCGAGUUCCCACAGUUCAUCGUCUCCCUAUCGGCUCUCCUGGAGACACUGAAGAUCUUUGGAAUCAAUGAUCUAGCUGAGCCAAACGGGUCUCGCGACUCGAAUCUACCUCAAACAAAUCCGGCGUCAAGCGCGUUCUCAGCGCCGGCCUUGCUCAUGGACCGCUCCUGCACUCUCCAGUACGCUCACUACGGCGCCCCCCUCAGCAUUGCAAUCACCGAAGCAGGCGUGAAAACGACCUGCGAGCUGGUCACUUACGAGCCCGAAGAUGCAGAGAUCGACAUCCCGUUCCAACGCGAUGCGAUCAUCAUGAAGAUUAUCAUGCGCUCGGCCUGGCUUCACAAUGCUAUCGCCGAGCUCGAUUCGUCAAAUCCAACACUGCUCAGAUUAUCAGCCUGUGCCACCAGAGAGCCCUAUUUUGCCCUCUCUGGCGCCGGUGGACCAUUUAGCGAAUCGACAGUAGAGUUCUCCGUUGAUCAACAGAAAGACUCGUUGAGCGGAGCAGCGCAGGCAGAUCGUGCUUCACAGGCACAUAAAAUUUUGACUGAUGAUGGAACCACGCGACCACGCGCCACCAGGGCUAGAAUUGCUCCCACGGUCACCGAGACUUUCCAGGUCUCACCUCCUUUGUCGAUGGGGGAGCGAAUUCAACAGAGCUAUCGUUUCGCACUGAUCAAGAAGGCGGCAAGAGCGAUGGCCGUUGCUAACAAAGUCAGUAUACGAGGAGAUCGGCAGGGUGUUCUCAGCUUCCAGUUCAUGGUAGAUCUUGAUGAUCAAACCCCAACGGGACGGUCGGUCGGCGCUGGGCUCAAAGCUGCUGCAGGGCCGAGGUGCUUUGUGGACUAUCGGUUUGUGCCUCUUCUGGAUGAGGAGGACGCCGAUGAGGAUAUGGCAGUUGACGACUAG